AUGUCUCCUCCACCGACAUUACAGGUCCUAGACUGCGAUCCAUCUUCAAUAUCGUUCUCUUCAUCCCUAGAGUCAUCCGACCUGCCCAAAGUAUCUUCGGAACGGACGCUUGAUGCACUCAAGCACGCUGCGCACCGUUUAGUGGACAUUGAAGAUGUCGUCGCGUUUCCGACAGAAACGGUGUACGGACUUGGCGCAAACGCGCUUUCGUCUACUGCAGUAUCGCGCAUCUUCUCCACGAAAGGUCGACCGCAGGACAACCCGCUCAUCGUGCACAUCUCUUCACUCCCGAUGCUUCGUCGACUCCUUCCUCAAGAUUAUAAACUUUCACCCGUUUAUCAGGCUCUAGUGAAGGCUUUCUGGCCCGGUCCACUAACUCUGCUGUUUCCGGCGGAUUCCAAAAUUGUUCCGCCGGCAGUAACUGCAGGUCACCCCAGCGUAGCAGUCCGUAUGCCUUCACAUCCCGUCGCUCGGGCAGUUGUGGCGAUGGCAGGAGUCCCACUCGCAGCGCCCAGUGCAAACGUUUCCGGAAAGCCGAGUGCAACGCGUGCAGAACACGUUAUAAAUGACCUCGGUGCUACUGGUCGACUUCGGCUCGUUCUGGAUGGUGGAGCCUGUCCUGUUGGAGUAGAAAGCACCGUUGUUGAUGGACUCGGAGAUGACGGGAAUUUGCGCGUGUUGCGACCCGGUGGUGUCACUGUUGAAGACUUAGAGCACGUUGUGGAGAGUAUGGAUAUGCCGAAUGGGAAGCGACCAAAGGUCCUGAACGCACCAACCACACCAGGGAUGAAAUAUCGACAUUACUCCCCAUCUAUUCCGGUGGCAUUACUCAUGGCCAUCUCGAAACCUCCAAAUUCCGACCCGACCAUCUCUUACUCUACUGCACUCACCUCUCUUAUCGAAUCACGACAAAAUAAUCACCACUCCGGUUCACUCAAAGUCGGCUUACUUGCGCCUUCGGAUUCACCUCUCCUGCAGCACAAACCUCAUUCCGCAGAUUGUUUCACGAUCGAACAUUUCCCACUUGGCUCAAGGUCGGACCCAGCAACGAGUGCUGCUCGCUUAUUUGAUGGGUUGCUGACUCUUGAGAAGAAUGGUGCUGAUAUCAUCCUUGUUGAGGAGAUCUCUGAGGAACGAGAGGGUCUGGCGUUUAUGAACCGUGCGCGGAAGGCUGCGGGAAUUUUCAUUUAUAUUCGUGAUGAGUAGGUCACGACCGUUUGGUCUGGUGGGAGACGCUCGGUAGGACGGAGGGUAAUGUGUACUGGCAAUUCACAUAGAUACAGUAUGCUAGACGAAUCAUAGUUUUGCACAGUAGAAUGGUAUUUUAUUAGCUCGUUC